AUGUCUAAAAUAGAUAGUAAUUUUCUUAAAUAUUAUAGUGAUAAAGAAGAUUUAUACAAUCAAAUUGAACAAGAAUUUGAUGAUGAAAUAGAAGAAAAUAGUAAUAUCUAUAAUGAUAAUGAAAAAAAUCUAAAUGAAGAUGAUCAAGUUAAUAAAUUGCCUAUAGAAGAUA